AUGUCCACGUACCCCCUGGCUGCCUCGCCCUCGAGGGUGGUGAGGAUGGAAGAGGGAGACGGGCAGCUUCUGGCAGUGAAAGGGGCCGUCCACGACUUCGUCACCUCUUCAUGCACCUCCGGGAAGAAAGGAACCGGAGCAGAACGAGGUUGUGAGCUGCGCUCCGUGCCGAGAAACCAAUCGUCCAGCUUCGAGGGCUCGGGACUGGGCAGUGUAGUCACCUCCAGCCCUAUACUCACAGCUGCCCUGACACCAGUUUGUGAGCAGCUGCUUUCAGGCCCAUCUUUCAGCAGUUGUAAGGAAAUCGUACCUCUUGACUCCUUCAUCAAGGCCUGUGAAUUGGACAUGUGCUUCUGCACCAACAGGACCAGAUCCUUUUGUGUUUGCAGAACCAUCUCAGAAUACUCUCGCCAGUGCAUCCAGGCAGGUGGAAAGCCUGAUCCGUGGAUAAAGGAGCAGUUCUGUGACCAAUCUUGUCCUUACCACAAUAUGGUGUAUCAAGAAUGUGGAAACCCUUGUAUCAACACCUGUACAAACCCUGAUAGAAGUCAUAUUUGUAAGGACCAAUGCAUCGAUGGGUGUUUCUGUCCUGAAGGAUACCUGUUUGAUGACCUCAGUGAUAGAGGUUGUAUUGCCAAGAAUCAGUGUCCCUGCAUCCACAAUGGAAAAAUAUAUGAACCUGGACAGACCUACAGAAGUAACUGUAAAGAAUGCACUUGUGUCGAUAAUCUAUGGAGCUGCGAAGACAGAGAUUGCCCAGGGACUUGCUCUGUCGAAGGUUGUUCCCAUAUUACCACUUAUGAUGGGAGGACAUACAGUUUUCAUGGAGACUGUACUUACGUUCUUUCUAAGACCAGAGACAAUGAGUUUACAGUUUUGGGGGAUCUGAUGAAAUGUGGUUUUACUGUCACUGAAACAUGUCUGAAGGCAGUAACAAUUUUUUUCUCAAAGAGGAACACAGUGUUCAGGAUCCAGUCCGAUGGAAAAGUGUUUGUUAAUAAAACGUAUUCACAGCUCCCUCUUUCCAUUGCUGAUGCAAUGAUUUUCAAACCCACCACAUUUUUCAUCAUCGUCCAGACAUCUUUUGGGCUUGAGCUGGAGAUCCAGCUCAUACCAGUAAUGCAGGUUUACAUAAAAGUUGAUGUGACUUACAAGCAGAAAACAAAUGGUUUGUGUGGGAACUUCAACAGUAUUCAAGCAGAUGACUUCAUAACUGUUAGUGGAUCUCCUGAAGCUACAGCAGUAGACUUUGCCAAUGGCUGGAAAGCACAAGCCAACUGCCCUGAUGUUAAAAACAGCUUUGAGGAUCCCUGCAGUCUCAGCUUAGAUAACGAGAGAUAUGCUAAGAAAUGGUGCUCUCUGCUGUCAGACCCUGAUGGGGUGUUUGCUCCAUGCCACAAAGAGAUCAGCCCUGAUAUCUAUGAAAUGAUCUGCAUGUAUGAUGCCUGUAGUUGUGAGAAAAGUGAAGACUGCAUGUGUGCUGUUUUGUCUUCAUACGUACACAACUGUGCUGCAAAAGGGGUUAAUCUGCCUCACUGGAGAAACAUUGCAUGCAGCAAAUUUUCAGCAAGCUGUCCCGACAAUAUGGUUUAUUCUUACAAUGUUCAAAACAACAGUCGUUCCUGCCGUUGCAACGGUGACCCAGACUUCACUUGUGAUGUCACAUUUGAGCCUGUAGAUGGGUGUAUCUGUGCAGAGGGAACGUUCCUUGAUGAAGAAGCAAAAUGUGUCCCUUUAUCUAGUUGUUUCUGCUACAGCAAAGGCACAGUGAUUCUCCCAGGAGAAGUUAUCAACAGGGAUGGCACCAUGUGCACUUGCAAGGACGGGAAACUCAGUUGCAUUGGAAAGAGAAUUAGGCAACAAUCUUGUCCCCAACCUAUGGUGUUCUUUGACUGCACUAGUGCUGCUCCUGAAUCUACAGGAUCAGAGUGCCAAAAGAGCUGCAACACUUUAGAUAUGGCUUGUAUUAGCAGUGAGUGCAUCUCGGGCUGUAUGUGUCCGCCUGGACUGGUAUCAGAUGGUAUGGGUGGCUGCAUCAAAGAAGAUCUUUGUCCUUGCAUUCACAAUGGCAUUUUACACCAACCUGGAGAUACAAUCAAAGUGGACUGCAAUAGCUGUACUUGUAAGGACAGGAAAUGGGAAUGUACCACAAACCCGUGCCAUGGAACCUGCUUAGUUCACGGAGAUGGCCAUUACAUUACAUUUGAUGGAAAUAGAUACACUUUUGAUGGAGAAUGUGAAUACACUUUAAUCACAGAUUAUUGCGGACAUGCCAAUGCCAGUGGUACUUUGCGAGUUCUCACUGAAAACAUACCAUGUGGAUCUACUGGCGCCACUUGCUCUAAGGCUGUCAGACUUUUCCUUGGGAACAAGGAGCUCAAAUUGACAGAUGGAGGUUAUCAGACUUUUCACAGAGAUGAGGGAGCGGACAUUCCUUACCAAAUUUUGAUAAGAGGAAUUUACAUGGUCAUUGAGGCAAAUAAUGGACUAAUUGUCAUGUGGGACCAGAGGGCAAAUGUGUUAAUCAAACUCAGUCCAAACUUUAAGGGUGCUAUUUGUGGUCUUUGCGGGAACUUUGAUGGGAACGCAAACAACGACUUCAUGUUGAGAAGUCAGGAGGUGGUUGUUAAACCCUUGGACUUUGGAAACGAUUGGAAAGAGUCUAAUAGCUGUCCUGUUACUAUGGAAAUUAGAAAUCCCUGCUCAAAUAAUCCUUACAGGCAAGCAUGGGCUCAGAAAGAAUGUAGCAUCAUUAAGAGUGGAGUUUUUACAACAUGCCAUUAUCAAGUGGAUCCCAAUCAUUUUUAUGAUGCUUGUGUGAGAGACUUGUGUGCUUGUGAUAGCGGUGGGGAUCAUGAGUGUUUGUGCACUGCUAUAGCAGCCUAUGCACAGGCCUGCAAUGAGGCUGGAGCCUGUGUUGCCUGGAGAACACCUAAAAUAUGCCCAUUGUUCUGUGAUUAUUACAAUGCUCCUGGGAAGUGUGAUUGGCAGUACAAACCUUGCGGAGCUCCUUGUCUGCAGACCUGCAGAAAUCCAAUUGGGCAGUGCUCAAGUCAGAUACGAGCACUUGAAGGUUGUUACCCCAAAUGUCCCCCUGGACAUCCUUACUUUGAUGAGGAUACAAUGAAAUGUGUUAAAAAAGAGCAGUGUGGCUGUUAUGACAAAGAGGGGAAACAUUACAGCGAUCAGGAGAUAGUUCCUUCAAUAGAGAACUGUCAAAUAUGUGAUCUUUGA